AUGAGUCGCAGCGAAACAGCCCCUCCCGCCUUGCGACCGCAUCGCAGUAAUUCAAUGAUGCAUCACAAGCAGUCCAUUACGAUUGAUACACUACGUAUGGAUGAGCUGCGUGCUGCGCAGCAUGUUUUAAGCACCUACUUUCCACAUGAGGAAGUGCCCAGCAUGGCUCAGCUCUCGACGCGCUUCGAGCAGGCCCCUCAUCUUACGCUGGGUGCCUUUGUGACAUUGCCACCGCCCAUGGUAUCCGGCCCUUUGUCUGGCACGAAUGACUCACGUCGUAAGUUGGUCGGCGUCAUCAGCGCCACUGCAUCGCCAGCCAACAUCACACAAAGCAUGUAUGGCCACAGCACAUCGAAUUUGGCACGCGUCGUUUGUAUCCAAGACUUUGGCGUAGAGCAAGGCCAGAGGCAUCAGGGCAUUGGUACAAAUUUGCUCGUCGCAUUUAUCCGGCGCUUGCAGACGAUGGAUUUCGGUGACAAAGCACAUGGUCAAGAAUACGAAAUCAUAUCGGUCGUUUGUCCGCGACGACGCAAAUCGUUCUUUCAGCGGUUUGAGUUCCAGUUUCACGCAUACAGCUACGAGCAGCGCGCUGCAGACGUCUGGGCUGAGAUGCGUCGACCAAUCAACACAAGCACAAGUUUGAGCAUCGACACCUCCUUCGCGCAAGAAGAUUGGGCGGACCAGCAUUCAGCGCUAUCAUCCAAGGGCAUGCUUCCUUUGCUCGAGACCACAACACACCAGACAUCCUCACGCUCAUACCAUGCUAAUGACACGGAAGGACCGUCUAGUUCUUACGAGCCCAGCAUGUUCCGGUACGAGCCAAACUCGCCUAGUGUCAUGACGCCUGUCAGUGCCACGCCCAACAACGACCAUACUUUGGCGCUUUUGCUCCAAAAGGCAAAUAUGACCGAAGGUGCAGCCCGCGAUCUGGGCAUCAUACCCUCCUCCGCACCCAAUAAGCCUAAGAAGAACCCGGGUAAGGCGCUCGAGGCCAUCUUUGGCGAAGCAUUUGCCAGCAAGACGUUUGAGGAAGAUAUUCGCCAGGCCGUCAAGUCUCGCAUUGUCGACUUCAAAUACUAUCUCAAUCUUCACCCAUUAUUAUGUCCCAACGAGUCUUGUGACUGUACACUUGUCGCACGGAAUUCAGCUGAGUGGUCCAUUCGCGAGACGGGCCCGCUUAUGAACACGGUGCCUUCUGUGAAUGGCGAAACAUCAGACUCCUUGGGGAACCUGGACAAUCCUAUUGCACCAUGGAUGAACUCACUUUUCCGGACCUCGUCAGACGCUCAUGCCACGAUCGGGCCCCUUCGUGGCUUUUGGCAUGUGCCCAAUCCGAUGGGCUUUGACAACGUGACCUUUUCCCGCUGUAUCGAAUGGAACGUGCCGAACCGCACAUUCCAGUCGAGUCAGAACCAGGAAUCCACGUCGCCUUCAUCUUCAUUGCCGAGCCACUCUGGUCGGUCCAGCAGCAUCGGCGUACGACGAAAGCGUAGCUCGCGCAAUAGCUUUUCGACGCUUCGCCAAAGCUUGCAUUUACUCGAAUCUUCACCGCAAGAAGUACCGGAGAAUGCGACCUUGGACACUUCCGAUGAAAGUCGGUUGGACGUAAUGCCUGGUGAAAAGCGGCUUGUCAAGCAUAUCUUGUGCCCUGAUUGCGGGUGUGGCCCCCUCGGCUUCGCUAUCCUUCCCCGCACAUCCACUCAUGAAACACAGCAGAAGGAUAUUCAAAAUAAUGAUUGCUACCUAGCUGCGUUUCGCGUGAGAUAUAAUGUAUAG